UAGUUCAGACACAUAAAUUUGACAAACAGGCUUUAGGUGCACAAAAGCUAAGAUGAUGAACAAGGACUCAGCUCGACGCGUCUGAGGGUCUGUAGAUAAACAUUUCUGCUUUAAAAGUAUUAUUAACACGUCUUAAGAGGAAUCAUGGACUAUAUAAGAGAUUUAUAAAGUAAGGUAAUGUUUGAUUUUGGAAAGAGCAGACUUUGCUCAGUACAAAUGCGACAGAGCGAUUGCGCGUAAGUUUGAAGGUGCGAGUGCUUUACGCAGACGCCAGAGAUGAUUGCCAAAGCAAGCGUGUCAGGAUGCUUUAUUAUGCUGGCAUUAAUGACACAUCACACUCACAGCAUUGACACAGUGAAUGUUGUAGACUUCUGUGGACAAACGAUACAGGGCGACGGCAUGAUCGUAAAGUCCCACCAGGAGUCCCGGAAGUACUACUUUGUAUCCAUGGGAACAGAUUGCCACAUCACCAUGCAGUCCGCCACACCCCGGGACAAGGUGCAAUUCUACUUCCGUUUCUUCUUGGUCUACAGCCUGCUAAGGGUGUCACCUCACAGCCCCGCACCCCUCAUCCCAGAAUCGCCCAGGGGGUCUUCGUCAUCUGGUCCGACGCGGCCUGAUCUAAGCAUGGAACCAACGACAGAGGAGGGACAGGAGGACCCCUGCCAUGCCGGCUCUUACAUCCAAUUCUACGAUGGGAGGGAUAAAUCUGCACCCCCUAUAGGCCCAGCGCUCUGUGGGAAGAGCCCUCCCCGACCGGUGUUGUCGACUGGCAACUUUCUAACGUUACGUCUGGUGACCCGAGGAAAGCAGCCAAGGGUGGACUUUGUAGGAGACUUCACCUCAUUUAGGCUGGGUUUCAACCAAUCAGAGUGCAGCGGAGAGCCUUACUUCAAUUGUCGUAAUGGGAAGUGCAUACCAAUGAGUUUGGUUUGUGUGGACGAUAAAGGCAUUGACAACUGCGGGGAUGGCAGCGAUUUAAUCGAUUACCCUGGUUGCAAUGGUCCUCUGGCUACAUCCAAGUCUCUACAACCUCAUGUUACCCAACCUGCACCUGUGCUCAAUGUGCCAACACAGACCAUGUCCACUGUGAAGAACUGUGUCACUCCAAACGCUAUGCCCGAUCCAGACUCUGUGACCGAAUCCCAGCAGUCCAUUUCUCUGUUGGCGUUGUAUGUGAUUCUUGGCGUGACGGCUGGAGGGAUGCUGGUGUGUUGGUGCUGUUGGGCUCCUGGUUGGUUCCUGUGGCGCGUGAGCGUGUUUCGCUUCUUGCCCUGCUGUAACUCCUGCUGUGCUUCGUGCCAGCUCUGUGGGCGGAGCUGCUCUCAAAACAAGGACCACCGAUUGGCUAAAGUAACACCAGAGGGAGCGGCUACACCCGUGUCAUCUACAACCACAGUGGCGGUGUAAAUCUACUGUACACACCUGAAACAGACAGAAUGCAUUAAGUGACUCAUGGAGGUGCUGUAAUAUCAGGACAACUUAUACUGAAAAUACGAUAAAGUAAUAUAGCACUCGUUUCAUUUUAUACAGUUGUUUUUUGAUGAAGAACUACUUGCGGUGGACUUUUUGCCACUGAUUUUUUUGUCUUUGACAAUGUAUUAUCCGCAGCUUUUGUUUUGCACUCAUCUGGAUUUUGAAAUGCAUUUCACUAGAUCUGUGAAAACCACAUGAGCUCAGAUUUUCAGUUUCUUGUUGGUUUCUCGAAUUGAAACAGGCAAAUUAUAUUUUAUAUGAAACUAUAUGCAGAAUGCAGAAAACAAUAGGACUGGAACAAAAUAUUAUAUUAUUAAAAUGUAAAUGCUCAUCAUUAUUGAGCAGUGGGGCGACCAGAGAGAACAUUAUUAUUAUUAAUAUUAUUAUUAUUAUUAUUAUUAGCAACAAUUUCCAUUCAUCCAGUACAGGACUUGUUCUGGUUUUCCCCAGAAUAUAAUGAAAAUGGUCCAUUAUUGGACCAAAGAAAUAUUAGCUUGUUGAAUCUCCAUUUUGCCUUACAAAGAAAUACAUUUUUAUCUUUACAAAAACAUAUUUCAAGAUAAAUGAAUUAAUGUAUUAUAUUAUGCAUAUUUAGUUGUAAAUGGGUGAUUAUUUAAUUGCAUUUGGUGUCCAAAAUAACUUUUUACAAAAAAUAUUAUACUAUUAUGGCAUGUAAAAUCUUGUAAUCCAUGACAAGGAGUACAAAAUUAAUCAAAUAAUUACAAAUAUAACCAUUUGAAAAAAGCAGAAAAAAUAAUGCCAUUGGACACCAAAUGUACCUGCAAUUAUAUUAUCACCCACAACCACAGUUUAAGAUGUUGGGUUACAUUGUUAAGACUGAAAACAUUUAUAUACGAGACUUCGCCAAAAAGUUUUAGUCUAAGCAUGUUUGUUAAAACCAAAUCAAAUCACAAUAAAUGUUCUGAGAUGUAGAUAAUUGAUUCCACUGUUACUGUAUAUCUGCUGUAUAUGAAUGUAAUGUUCAGGAUAACUACUGUAAUAUAAAUAAAAGUUUAGUACAGUAGUAAAAUCAUAGCAGGUUUUAUCAAAACAGUAUAAAUACUUGAACUAUAAAGUGUUUAUAUUGUUUGCUUUUAAACAAUUUACAAAAAGAAGCAUUUGUAGCAAAACUUAAAUUUGGUUAACAUUACAGAAGCCCAUAAAAAGGAUAAUUCAAAAAGGAAGAGAGUUAUUACAUUUUAUGUGAAGAUUACAGUUGUUGUCAGUGAAACAAUAUGAAUUUUGAUACUUAUAUUGUAUACAUUUGUGACCUUGCCUAUGAAAACUCAUAUGACAUCAUUGAUUUGUGAUUUACAAUUUUUUACAGUGGGGCAAAUAAUUAUUUGAUACACUGCCGAUUU